AUGGGCGGCAAUUGGGGCUGGGAAAUGGCGGCGGUGCUUCUGAGCUGUUGCUCGCUCGCCGCUACCAUCACCGUUCUGAAGUUAUACGACGGCAUCAACGUGAAUUCCUGGAAGUUCUACCUCUCCUUGAGCACGACCAUCUCGAUCUUAUCCCAAGUCUCGCGCACCUCCAUGGCCUUUGCCCUCACCUCAUGCAUCGGGCAGGCCAAAUGGAAUUGGUUCUCGAGACGGGAAGACCGCCUGGCUACGUUUAGCCAGUUCGAUGCGGCGAGUAGAGGCCCCCUUGGGAGUUUGGCUUUGUUCGAGCCUUAUUCUGAUUCCACCCCUGGUGAGCAAGUUAAAUACGUUUUGGGGAGGCAGACACAAGGUGAUUCAGCCGUUACGCUGAGGAACUCGAAGGGAAAACUGGUGCAGGAAAGUCUCCGUAGUUUGGAGGAUUCGUUCAUGCACACCGGCGGGAAAGUGAUUGCCGACCGACGGGAAACCUUUCAUUUUCGCGACGCCUUCACCACGUUUAUCGUCUUCCAAAUCCUCAAAGCCCCGAGGAACUACAUAUCACAGCAAAUGGCUUGGGAGGAUGAGCAACCGGAGGCUUGGGAGUGCGGCUUCUCCUUCUGCAUUAACCGGUACAACUCGACAGUCCAGGAUGGCAUUCUGUACGAGACGGUCCUGAGUUCAGCCAAACAGGCAUUAUCAGAGUCUAUGAGAGCUGUACCUCACCAACACGGCGGCAACAUGGGAAACAUCACCAACGGAACCGAGCAGUGGCAAUUCUGGAGCUACCCAAGAAACUACACCCUCUACAGCCCCCUAGGAGCCGAAGCCGUCAAUCUAUCAACAUGGGACCAAUCCAAACUAUGGGACUUCGACCGCGACUCUCUCGAGCUACAGAUUCCCAAUGACUGGUCGAAGCUCACCUACGCAGACAACUCUAGCCAUCUCCCACAGCCCGAAGACUCCCGGAGUCUUGGCAUCUCAGCGCAGGCCGUCCACUCAACAAUCUACUGGUUCCUCCAGCAAUACCCCAUGUUCAGGGACAUGACCCCGCGACUCUCCUACAGCGGCGCGAUAGGCACCGGCGACAACGACUCCGUCGGCAGGUCCAUAGCCAAGUCGACCAACGUCACCGAGACCUUUGAGAACGCAGCCAAGCGGAUGACGGCCUUCCUGCGCGAGCUGCCUCAGACCAUCGAUUAUGAACAGGAUUACGUCAACGGCCAGGCCUUUGUCUGGGUGCAACACAUUCGCAUACGCUGGCCGUUCAUCACGUUUCCUGUCGCGGUCGCGGUUGCCGGGCUGGUGUUCGUCCUGUUGACGACCGCUGGAGUGGCGGAUAAGGUCUCGAAACAGACCGUUGUCACUCUGAACAGGGAUUCUUCCGAUGGGAGUUUUGAGUUGAAGGAGUCGAAGGAAUCGGCUUCUGCUACCGGCGCGUUAUUGGAUAGCGAUGCUUCGAGCUGGAGUGAGUCGCUCACGAACAGAAACAGAGAUGGGCGGGAGGGGAUGUGA